UGGCGUGCCGGCUGCACCGCUUUGUCCCUUCUCCCGAGGAAGACCGUGGGGAGCGUGGGGUGGCCGCGAUGUGCGCGUGCAGGCUGCCGCUGCCCAGCCGCCUGCACCGCGGUGGCGUAGGAGGGCGGCCGUGACGCCAGGAUGGGAGUGCUGGUGCUGGUGCGGAACGUGCUGCUGGCGCUCUGCCUCUUCCUCGUGCUCGGCUUCCUCUACUACUCCGCCUGGAAGCUGCACCUCCUGCGCUGGGAGGACUCCAAUUCAGUCGUUCUUUCCUUUGACUCCGUUGGACAUACAAUAGGCUCAGGAAGGAGAGAGAGAAAAACUGUGGCUAUUGUGCUUCCGCGGUCCAUCCCAUCUCACCUUGCUGCAGACCCAGGAAAAGAAAGAGCCCAGAAAGAACCAAUGGCAGCUCCAGACCCAGCCAUUCCUAAAUACGACAAACUGGGCUUUCUCCUGAACCUGGACUCGAAACUGCCUCCAGAACUGGCAUCAAGGUAUGCAAAUUUCUCUGAGGGAGUGUGCAAGCCUGGUUAUGCAUCAGCACUCAUGACUCUCAUCUUCCCAAAGUUCUCAAAGCCGGCACCAAUGUUCUUGGAUGACUCCUUCAGGAGAUGGGCUCGUAUCAGGGACUUCGUACCCCCCUUUGGAAUUAAAGGACAAGAUAAUCUGAUCAAAGCCAUCCUGUCAGCAACCAAAGAUUACCGUCUAACUCCAGCUCUUGACAGUCUCAGCUGCCGACGAUGUAUUAUUGUGGGAAAUGGUGGAGUACUGGCCAAUAAGUCAUUGGGGUUAAAAAUUGACGACUACGAUGUUGUUGUCAGGCUGAACUCUGCUCCAGUGAAGGGCUUUGAAAAGGAUGUGGGUGGCAAGACGACUCUCCGGAUCACAUAUCCUGAAGGUGCAAUCCAGAAAAUGGAACAGUAUGAGAAGGAUUCCCUGUUUGUUCUGGCAGGAUUCAAAUGGCAGGAUUUCAAGUGGCUGAAGUACAUUGUUUACAAGGAGAAAGUGAGUGCCUCUGAUGGCUUUUGGAAGUCAGUCGCGACCCGUGUCCCGAGAGAGCCUCAUGAGAUACGUAUCCUGAAUCCCUACUUCAUCCAGGAGGCAGCUUUCAGCUUCAUUGGACUGCCUUUCAACAAUGGCCUCAUGGGCCGAGGGAACAUCCCCACCUUGGGAAGCGUAGCAAUAACCAUGGCGCUCCACAACUGUGAUGAGGUGGCGGUAGCUGGGUUUGGCUAUGACAUGAGUUCCCCCAAUGCACCACUGCACUACUAUGAGAACAUCAAGAUGUCUGCCAUCAAAGAGUCCUGGACGCACAACAUCCAACGGGAGAAGGAGUUCCUGCGGAAGCUGGUGAAAGCCCGAGUCAUCACCGACCUGACCAGUGGGAUCUGAGCGGCUGCAGCCGCUGCCUCAAAGGGAGGAGAGGAAGACGCACGCUGCAGCUCUGGGAGCAGGCACUGGCAGCCCCCCCGCAAGAAGCCCGCCUCACUGGAGACACACAGAGAUGCCCGGGUGCUCCGGGAAGGCCCUCGCGCAUUGCCAGUCUGCAGGAGGGCAGCAUCUGCUGCCCCCAGCCCUGGAGCUGGCAGGAGGCGGGCAAGGGGCUGAGCGGGCAGUUCUUGAACUCUGCAUUGCAGACGGAUCUUCUGUAUCCAGAAUGAAACGGGAAAGACUCAGGAGAGAGAAGGAAGGUUUGUGAAUAAAACGAUUUGUGCCAAAUGGGAGGUGACGCUGCCCCAAGGCAGCAAUGCCUGAAUGUACAACGUAUUAUUUUUUAAAGAAACUCUGCUGGAAUCAUACUAGAAAUACCAAGGUGCAAAGCGAAAUCUGCUUGUGCACAGCCCUGUGAAAAGCUCGGCCUCGCCACGCUCCGUCUGCAUUGUCUCUGGCCUCAGACCUUUCCCCGGGAAAACAAAUCCGUCCAAGACUUCAGUGUUGUUGGUGCUGCUAUAAUUUAAAGGGAGGAUGGCUUUCCCUCGUUCUCCA